CAGAAUGAAUGAUGCCAUAGAGGCCUAAUCAGUUACAAAUCCCAUCUGCAGUGGCAGUUUUAUGUCAGGUGCCACGCACACACUGCUCGCCUCCUAGAAGUACUUCAGAAGUUCCUCUUGCCGUUUCGUGUCACUUCUGUACUGUUGAAUCCUUCAUCCUGCUAAGGCUUCCUUUGUACCUGCUGGCAAUGUCCAUGAUCUUGUCUGCCUCCGUCGUCCGCGUGAGAGAUGGACUCCCUCUGUCUGCCUCUACAGAUUAUGAGCAAAGUGCUGGGGUGCAGGAGUGCAGGAAGUACUUCAAAACCCUCGCAAAGAGACUUUCUCAGUUGCCAGAUAGAUGCACACUACAAACAGGACGCUAUAACAUAAAUUUUAUUAGUUCCCUGGGAGUGAGUUACAUGAUGCUCUGCACUGAAAAUUACCCCAGUGUCCUGGCCUUCUGCUUCCUGGAUGAGCUUCAAAAAGAGUACAUUUCCACGUACAACAUGAUGAAGACAAAUACAGCAGUUAGACCAUACUGUUUCAUCGAAUUCGAUAAUUUCAUUCAGAGGACAAAGCAACGAUACAACAACCCACGGUCUCUGACAACAAAAAUAAACCUUGCUGACAUGCAGACAGAAAUCAGGUUGAGACCACCUUAUCAUAUUUCCUUGUCUGAUUUGGGCUCAGCAAAUGGAUAUGCACAUAUAUCUCUUCCAGAAUACAAAGGUACUGGGAAAAUAUCUACAGCCCCUCAUCAGCGAUUGGAACCGGUGACACUGUCAGGAAUUGUUUCCUUUGUGCUCAGUCUUUUAUGUGGAGCUUUGAAUUUAAUUCGCGGCUUCCAUGCUAUAGAGAGCCUUCUGCAGGAUGAUAGAGAAGACUUCAGUUAUGUACUUGCCUUCUUUCUCGGCACGGCAGCUUGUUUGUAUCAGUGCUAUCUGUUCGUGUAUUGCACGGGCUGGCGGAACAUUAAGUCCUUCCUGACUUUUGGCUUAAUCUGCCUCUGCAACAUGUACCUUUAUGAACUCCGCAACCUCUGGCAGAUCUUUUUCCAUGUGACGGUGGGUGCAUUUUCAACUUUACAAAUCCGGCUCAGGCAGCCACAAGGGAAGUCUGCCGACUACAAUGUGUGACGGGGGUCUCAAGGCAAACUUUAUGCAAGCAGUAUUCCUCUCAGAAACAAACAGCUUUUCUGUGAGAGAAGCUCCCUGUACUCUAUGGCAUCAUGGACUUGACAAUGUAAUUCUUCAAAGAAGAGCCAAAAAUAUUCAGGAACUAAUUGGGGUACGAGGGGGGGGGGGGCUGUAUUGGAGAAUGUACCCUGAGGACAAAGGAGAAGUUUGGAGGACAGCAUGAAAAAUGCCACAUCCAGAACUAUGGAAAUUGCAAAGAUCUGUAUUGGGCUUGCUUUGCAUACCAAGUGAUUUCUCCAGUCCCAGACCAUUUUGCCUUUGUGAGGCAGUAGAAAAGACUGAAAUAAAGGGAUGGUAUUGCAUAUUAACAAACUGUUCAGUAUGAAUGAAUUCCUGGAUGCCAGAUUAUUGGGUUGCACAUAAAUGUAAUGAUGUGUGUCUGCAUUUUCCUUAAUUAAAAUCUAACCCGGAAACCAUCUGUUCAUGGGGAUUAACUCUUGGGUCCCAAAGGCCUGCCAUCUAGCGCUGAGUUAAUUAUGAACUGCUUCACUACUACUUUUCUUUUCUGCAGUGCAAUGUACUUUGAAAGAACGCUUCGGAAAGUGACCCCCCUGCCCCAAAUAACAUCUUUGCAUUAUUCUAUAUUCAGUCUGCUCUUCUAAUUCUUGAAGGAUUAAAUGAAGUUGACAGAGUGAAGUAUGGUAAAAAGCAGAAAUCUGAAGUUUGUAUUUUUUAUGAUACAAUGUAAUGAUAGAACCUUGGCCCACUGCAGGUGGCUAACUAACUGAUUUCGGAAAACAUUUAAUUGUUUACAAUUCACUUGAAUUGUUAUGAAACCAAUGAGAAAAUUAAUGUUUUUUGAUCACUGGAUACACUAGUUUUUGUGCAACAGAUGUUUAGCAGAAGAAGUGGGCAACACAAAGCGGUAGAUGGGCCAUCAGCAUUUCUCAAUUGCAGAUAGGAUAUAGCUAAUGAAAUAGGUCGGAAGACACUGCAGGAAGUCUGUUAUGGAACAGCCAUAGAUUAUAUCCAGAAUUUUUGCUGCUGUUUGUUCAAAUACAAGCUGACCACCUUUGGAUCCAUAUUGUGAACACAAGCUUGUUUGUCCAGAGAGUAUCACAAGAUGAAUGUUAUGGCUGUAUUCAUCUUUGCCUUGAAGAUAAUGGCUGAUUUAAAUAGCACUGAUUUCAAUAAGAAUAAAACAUGACACAGCCAUAUUUCAUGGAAUCAUAAAGUUGGAAGAGACCAAAAGGACCACCCAGUCCUUAUUUCUUAUAUAUGCUCAGAGAUGUAGUACUUGCUAAUUGGUGUUGGAGUGCUAGCAAGACAUAGGAAUUAAUGCCUUUGUUGAAUAUUUUUACUAUCCAAACAUGUUCUGGUUAUGAUCAGGAUUCUAGUAGUUGAGGUCAGAAGUGAUUUCUGUUGCCAAAUAAGUUAUAAAUCACAAGUCAGUUGUGAUAAUAUAGCUCUUUGCCAGCUUCAUGGGCUGGGUGCGCUAAACUGCAGACAACAGCAAGAUGGGAUUAGUUACAGGGGAAAUAUGGGAAAAUAUAGUUAUUGUGAAGGGACUACUGUAUGUUUAUCCCUGAACUUUUGAAUGUUUUAUAAUCCUCUGUAUUUGGGUUACAAGAAAUCUACCAUGCAAUUAUGGUUAUUGUGCACUACAGUGAAGAAAAGGAUUGUGUUUUUAAUGUUAGUAUAUUUUCCAGACUGCUUUACACAAUGUGUGCAUAUUUUUUCUUGUCAUUUUGGUUUUAUUUUCAGAGAGUGUGUUACCAGACAGUGGCUACCUAAUUGCUAUACUUGCGGUUAGAAUAGUUCUGCCGUUCUUGAAUUAGGUUGUGUAUGCUCACUGUGCAGAAGAUAUGUGUAGUAGCCCCAGGGUAAGUGUUGUAUACCCAGUUGUAAACAGUGCUAUUACAAUUAUGUAUUUCUUGCUUUCUCUGUUUUGGAGUGAGCAAUUGUCAGAGGUUAGGAGCUGCACAGAACCCCAGCAGUUGGGAUUGGGGACUAGCCACCAUCCCAAAUCAGUUCUUAAACAAAAAUAGUUCCAGAAAGUCUCUUCAUACCCAGGGGAUUUGAAGUUAAAUUUUGCUACAUUUUCACUCCACUGGCUGUUUUGGGAUUAGGGAAGCCACUCUUUUAAACAGGAAUUUCUGGAGAGGUAAUUUUUAAAAAUGGGGAAGGCUACUGGGAGACCCUUGUAGAUCACCAAAAUGGCUUUGAGGUAGGCUGUUGUCAAUGGGCAGCACUUCCAAAUGCCUGGUUUAUAUGAUUCAGGAUAUACAUAAAAGCAUCUUCUCUGGCCCGAUACAUGGAUGUGAUCCAGUUUAAGGCCAUGAGAAAUAGGGGCCCUGGGUUCAAGUACAAACUAUAAACUCAACAGAUGGUUUUGGAAUUAGCUUUCCCAGUUGCAAACAGAAAUAUCAGUAUUCAUUUGAAUUGCAAAGCGCUUUGUACCAGAAAAGGGCUAUCUGAACAAGUACACAUAGAAUCAGUUGUAUGUGAUGUUUGUUUGCUGUUUCAUAAACUAAGUACAGGUGGUAAGUAACAAGACUAGCAAUGUUCACUGUAAUUGGUGUGGGUGUUGGCUACUCAGUUAACAGAACUGAUCUCUGUUAAGAUGUUGCUGUGACUUGUCUGUACUGUAACAAAGCAGACAAAUCAUAGGUAAAAAGUUGCUUUGGUUUAACUUUACAGCUAAAUAAAAAACAAUGCUAUGCAUAUAUGUCCCAUUGAGACAACAGAACUGAAGUUACUAUGUUGGAUUGUGGUGUAACUUGAUAGCAAAUUGAUUUUGUCUAUUUCAAAUGAUAAAAACAUCCAGUAUUGAUAUGUAAAACCACAUGAUUUCACUACCAGUCUCUAGCAAUCCAACUAAUGUAAGUGCUCCUAUUAUUUUCCAUCGGUCUUGGGUUUGGGCUAUUCUCCAUCUAAUCAAUGGUUAACAUUUGUAUUAUACACUUGUCAAAAUGAUACGUACUAUUUUCAAAUACUCUGAUUUUCAAUGUUG